GACCUGCUAGGAAACCGUAGCUUUAACAUUUGAGGACGGCCGGCCGGCUGGCCGGACGGAAGGACAGAAGACUGAAAUUGGUACGCUCGCACUUGCUUCGCAGCUCGCCCAAAAGGUUACAUUUUGCUAGUCUGACUUAGUUAAAUGAUCGAUUGAUCGAUCAUCCGAUCAUCCGAUCAGUCGAUCAAUACACCAAUUAAUCAAUCGGCCAAUAGAUCGAAUAUAUCAACGGAUCGAUCACAUGAUUGAUUUCUCAACCCAAAAGGUCAAUCAACCAAUCAAUCCCACCAAUCAGUCGAUUGAUUAAUCGAUCACUCGAUCAAUCAAUUGCGAUCGAUCAGUCAGUUUUUCUGGCAUGACUUUGUUAAAAGGAUCGAUCAAUUGAUAAAUAAUAUGCAGAAAUUUCCAAUAUGGACUUUCGAACUUCCCCUUGUGUGAACUACGCAGGCGCGCAAAUAUGUUUGAACUAACUGAUUGGCGUCCUUUGUCUUGAGAAGAACUUAUUAACACGCAUGCGCAUUCUGGUCGCCGGUAAACUCAUCUGAAGUUGAUCUGACUCGGCUUUCUAGGGUAUGAGCCAACUGACUGGUGAUACAUUCAGCUUUCCCACUUGGCAUUACCCACGGGUAAACGGAACAAAUGUUGUGGAAGGGGGGCUGUUAAAAGGAUAUGCCUGCUUGCUCAGAGUGAAACUAUAGAUAAGAAAAUAAUUUAAUAAGUCACCCACUAAGUCUAGACAGCAUCUGCCUGCAGCAAUGUUCAUGGGGGAAAAAGACGGUGACGCUUUGUUAUGCAGGUACUGAAAAGGUAGCGAGAUGCAAAGAAAAAUACCAUCGUAAAUUGUAGGAUGAGAGGGCCACACAUUGGAAAUUUUUCACAGAUACCCGGUAACCAAAUCUGCACCCGUGCAUGGGACAAAAAGGUGUCGUGUACAUAGAGAAAGGUCAAUAACAAUGGGAUCUGUUCAUUGGCCAAGACCAGCUAAAACAAUUCCCCUCCCUAUAAGCAGUUAACAGUAUGACUGGUAUCGACAGUGUUCUCAACUAAUGUUUGCCGUGGAAUGGAAUAGCCCAUGCAAAAAGACAAAGGUGGGAUGUGAACCCCCAGCACCACUUUGAGUGUGUCUCGCACAGUUCCCUGAAAUACUGAGUGCUAGUCAACACCUCACAGCAACGGCUGAAAAUCACAUUAUUUCGUCCACAAUGAAAAGAAAACAACUUGUUUGUAAACUGAUACCCAAAAGUAAGCUACAACCCGGGCUGACUCAAAUAAAGCCAGCACACAUGCUGUGCCGAGUGGGGAAAAAAAACACUGACGCACGUCUCCCGCUUCAAAGCAGCGCAGUAUGGCUGUUUGGGUUCAAAGGACGAACAACAUAUUAUUAGAUUACUGCACAACUCCGCGGUGCAGAAGCAAACUACCGCACGCUGGAUAAAAGGCUAUGAACAAGAUGACUUCAGUCAAAAACACUGCUACGGAUAUCCUGACAGGAAACGGGUAUAUAAUAAGGAAGACCAUGGCAUUUCCAGUAAUCACUAUCAUGGCCAGAGCAAGUGUGCAUGGAUCGUAGCACUGCCUGUUUCACUUCCGUUGAAAACAGGAUUUUGAGAUCGAAACCUAACACUGCAUAGGGCUACAGAGCGUCAACGAGCUCUGUUUUCCCCAUGUUUUGGGCGCUGUUAUAAAGAGUCGUUUCGCGCAGGGCGACAAUCUGAGGUAAUUAUGGGCGAUCCUAUCCGAAGCUAUGCCUCCAUCGGGCGACUGAACCUGCAGGUUGCAGAUUUUCGGGAGGACCUGUGUCCAGAUGAGGGCCCCACCGUCGUGAGAAGAAAGUCUAGUGUCCGAUUUCUUGAUGAGGUGACGACGAUCAACGACAAUGAGGCAUGUGACCCAGAGAGAGCCUUGACGCGCUUAAGAAGCGAGACGGCCAAUCACAAAUGCUCUUUUGUGGCUGGGGAGCCUUAUUACAGCCGCGGAAUGGACGGCGGGCAGACGGCAUCGGAACGGGGAUCCCUGGAUUUUACCCGCUGGAAGCUGGACAGAAAGGAGCGAGAGGCGAGAUUGGAACAAAAUAUUAACUGGAUUAGAGAGGAAAUUACCAAGUUGAAGCAACAAGAUCAGUCCCUCAUGCGCCAGUUUCUGCAGCUCCGCUCGGUCAUCUACAAGCUCAAGGGUACUGUCACCUCGGACCAGCGUCCAGCGGUCAAACUGCCUCACAUCGCAGCCUCUGUGGACUCCUUCGACCGGUACGAGUCCAACGCCGGGGGCUUAGAGGCGCUCCAGACGGGGGAGACCAAUGACUUGAUGCUGGUGUAUGAUGAGGAAGGCGACCUGUGCGAGUUGGAUGAUCAGAUGGCCCUGAUGGAAGACCCCUACCUCCCGGAGUUCAGGGGCCGGACUGUGUCGCUACUCGGUCCCGGUAACAUCACCAGGACCAGGCCCGGCAGUGGGGGGUUCGGAUACCUAAAAUCACGGACCAUGUCCUUCUCAGUGGGAACGUCUGCCCGGGAGUUGGACCGGGCAAUUGUUGAGUGAAGUUCCCGAUUGUCGGCAUUGGGAAGUUAGAAAAUGAACAAAGAGCAAGGCUAUGUUAGAUCGGGAGGACCGUUUAAGCACCCACAACACUGAUUAAAAGAUACCAAGGCAUAAAUCAAGUAAUGUUGGCAUGCCCAAGUCUUUUAAAUGUUCUAACAGUACGAAUCUCACACGGAAAAAAAUACCCCGGUUAUGUAAUCAACUCUCCUGAUUUAGGACAGGGAUCACUUUUGACUAAGGUUAUUUUUAAUCCCAUUUUAGCAACAAGUCACAUAACUGGAGAGUAGGGCACUCCAGCCGAGACUUGGUUUGAUAUUGCCAAAUGAAAUUUAGUUGAAGUCAUUGUGUCGUCAUUGUUGAUCAUGGUGGACUCCACGAAAACCUGGCGAAAGCUAAUCUUGGCGAAUUAAUGGAAUUGGAAGAAAAAUAGAGUACAGAACACAGAAUAUGCUGACCAAUUCGCCUAACAAGCAUCAAGCAGCUAUGUUGUCAGAAACAGAGAAUCCAUACUCUCAAAGGAAUAUUCAGGACUGGAUUUAUGAUGAAGGGCGAGUUUCUACGGUUGAUGAUAACAGUCUAUGCAUUUGUCUCAAGGCUAUUUCUCAGGCCAAUCGGAAAGCAGGGUUGACAGUACAUGCAUUCAGAGUGACAAACAGUGUUUUUAGAUUUAAAAAAUAUGACAUUUAAGUUUAGAUUCGUUGAAAUUUAAAAAAGUUUCAACUCAAAGGGGCUUAAACAGGGACGAUGUGCUGACUUCGUGUGAAUAUUCAGUCACCUUGGUGGACCAACUUACUUCGUUACUUUUUAACAAACCCUUCUCACUGCAAAUGUGAAGGCGUGAACAACUGUCUCUUGUGGACACUAUUUCGUUGGCUCCUAUAAAGUUACCUGACACUUUUCGCAAUGCUUGGCCAAAAUUCCUUUUUUUUAUCGCAACUGAUCUGUACAUAAUACAAAUAUUACCAGUGUAAAGAUAAUAAAUAUUCUACAAUAGUAUUGCACGUACUUACACAUUCUAUGAAACUGUCGCUUUUAAAAGCUA